GACGGGUUUGGCACGACAGAGUGGCGGUUCCCGUGUCUACUAUCGUAACUUCAGCGACCGAACAAACAGAACAAAAGCACACCGCUCCUUCGCAAUAAAACACACCAAAUUUUUUCCUCUCUGUACGUUUAAAAUUUCAGUUCUUCAGUGUUGUUAUAGUGCCCAGUGUUGAAUACAGUACGGAACUAGAAAAUACCGCCCGGUCGUUCCAGGCGGCUGCUGCAACCCAGAAGUCGCGUGAGAAGAAAAACGAAAAGUUUUGGGCGGACCGAGAGUUCCACCAGAAAGCAAUAGAAGCAAAAAUUCGAAAUUCUUCCCUUAUUCUCGAGCUUGCGCCCUUUUUUCCGCCAGUGUUACUGCUUAAUUCCGGAAGUGAUCGCGGUAUAGUACGGUGUGUUCUAUAACAGUGCUUGGUUGUACCGGAACUGCCUGCAUUCCAUUACCUUUUUCAAAACCCCACCUUCGAGAAGCAUAAUCCAAUUAGUAGAGAGAAUAAAAAAAAGCUUUCCAUCGCAAAUGAGAAAAUAAAUUGGUGCUCAAGUCAUUCGUCAUAACGUCACAACGAAUUUUUCUCGACCCGGUAAAUCCAUUUCCGCUGCAACCGGAACCGCUGAAAAUAAAAAAAAAGGAAGGACUCUUCUACUCCAAAGACCGCCACAAAUCGUGCGUACAUCUCAGAGCCCAGCCCUGUUUCCUGUCGCCAGGACGGACGAACGUCAUCGCAGUAAGCCAACCAGGAUUUUUCCAAGCUAAUUACGCGGUGAAUUUCCGCAAAGGUUUCAACAAACACCACAUAAUUAGGCACGCCAAACGUGCAAAAUCGGUUGUGUACAACUAUCGGAAACGACACGAUAGACAGACGGCGCUGUUGUUCUUCAUUUGGCGUGCGAGACUUUUUGUCGAAUUUCAAAAACCAACCUAAAGCAAUAGAAACGCGUCCGCGUUUUCCAAAACGGUGCACUUUUUUUGACGCCGUAGGCGCAUAGAAGAGAGGAAACCUAGUUCUCCUAAAUAAAAACAAAUACACACACACACAUCCAACAGCCAAGGAGCAAACGUUGCAUUAAAUUAAUCAAAAAAAUAAAUACACAGACUCACGCAAGAAGGAAUCUCAAAUUAGCUAAUUCUGACGUAGAUUUUAAGCUCGUAAAUCAUCAUCAAACUUCGUGAAAGAUAACAAAAAUAAUUCGAACCCAUCAGUAUCGUCGCAUCAACUUCGGAAAUUCAAUGACUGCGUAACUUUUUUUGUAAAAGAGUGAAGACAAAAACAAAUGGAAUCAAACAACAAUCUCUAGGACAAAUAUUCAACAAAAAAAACCGAACUUAGUCAAAUUUAGCAAAGCAAAAAUUUCUUCCUAGAAGAAGCAAAAAACGGAAAACCAAUUUCAACUCCUAGUGCUGUCGAAUAACUAGAUCGCGUUAAACGCCGUGUUAAACUAACAAAAAAAAAAGUAACGCACAUAAGCAGCCUCGUUAAGGGCGGCGACUCAAGCGAGUGAAAGAGAGCAACAAGUUACAAAAACAAAAACAAAACGAGAAGGCUUAAGGAAGCCUAAAGGCUUCCACUUUCGACGAUAAACAAAGCAAAAAAAACGCAAUAUCACAAACAACCACACAGCAAAAAAAAAAGCAUACUCUGAAACAGGUCAGGAGGAAAAUAAAAACAGGAAACCGUAAAAAUCUUAACUUAUCCCUAGUUUAGUGGAAAUUUCGAGAUCGAGGGAGGAGCGACGAACAGAGCAGAAGGUGCGCGAAACCGGAUCGGCAGCGGCGGACUAGAACUCAUUAUAAUCAACGGAAACGUGUAUAUUCUAGUGAAAUAUCGUUAUUGCUAAAAAGUAAACUGAAAACCAAAAAAAAAAACUCAAAUAAAAUACCACAAUCGGACCCCGAUCGAAUAAUCAAAAUUUGUUAACACGAACACGAACUGAAUAGUAGCGAAAAAAACAACAACAAUUUGGCUCACAGACACUAUCAGCAAAAAAACAACAGCAAAAUUCCACACUUACUACUACCACAGCACAAAAUGUCCUCUGCCAGUAUGGAUGAAUUCUCUCUUGCCUUUGACGAUAACCGACAGAGUGCGACCGCUACGCUGCUGCCCCCGGGAACGACCACUCUGGCCCAGCUGACGUCCCACUUUGAGGAUCUGCACCUGGCCGGCGUCGGUACCGGCGGCAGUCUCAGUCCAGGCGGAGGCGGUGGCGGCGGCGGUGGUGGUGGUGGAGGCGGAGGAGGCAGUGUGGACCACACGAGCGCCACGGUCGUGGAUGAACUGAUCCAGCAGAACUCGAAGGUGUUCGAUACCUUUGUGGCGAUGAUCAACGGACUGGCGCCGAAGGUCGAGGAACGGCCCGUCAAGUACAAGUCGCACACCGAGUGCGUCCCGGUGCCAUCGUCCGAGCAUGUGGCGGAAAUUGUGGGCCGCCAGGGGUGCAAAAUUAAGGCACUUCGAGCCAAAACGAAUACGUUUAUCAAGACGCCGAUCCGCGGGGAGGAACCGAUUUUUGUUAUCACCGGUACGAAGGAGGAUGUAACUCGAGCGAAGCAGGAGAUUUUGUCUGCGGCGGACCACUUCAGUACGCUGCGUUCUUCGAAGAAACAGGCGAUGGCCAUGUUGGCGGAGAGCCGAAAUAUGCUCGGAUACAGUACACCGGAUGAGAUCACGAUUCAGAUUCGGGUGCCCCAGAAGGUGGUCGGGUUGGUGGUGGGUCCGAAGGGUGCCACCAUCAAGAACAUUCAGCUCAAGACUAACACGUACAUUAUAACGCCGAAGCGGAACCAGGAGUCGGUGUUCGAGAUUACCGGAUUGCCGACAAAUGUGCACACGGCACGCCAACUGAUCGAGGAGCAUAUUGCCACCCGGGCUGGCACCUCGGCCACUAGCUCUAGUGCGAGUUCAAGCAGUUCCAGCAGUUCCAGUUCGAGUAGUUCCAGCAGUAGCAGUUCCAGCAGCGGUGGCAGCACCGCUACCACUUCCCCCCAAAGCACACUAACCAAUGGACAUCACGAUCUGCUACACCACGGUGGCGGUGUAGGAGGCAGCGGGGUGGGAGGAAUUGGUGGUGGUAUUGGAGGAGGCAGUCUUGGUGGACUGCACGGUUUGCAUGGCGGUCAUCACGGUGGACUUCCGGCAGAUUUCGAUACCAAUCAGUUCAUCAUCGAUAAUCUGUUGGAGUACUUCAACAACAUGAGUUCGGCGUACAAUUCGCCGACAACGCCACCCUCCGGCGGCGGUGGUAACGGGGCCAACCAUCACCACCAUCAUCAGCAACAGCAGCAGCAUCAUCACCACCAUCUUUCGGGUGGACUUGGCGGGCUCGGCGGCACCGGUGGCAUCAACGGUAGCAGCAGUAGCAACAGCAGCAGCAGCCACAGCAACAACGGACUGAUCGAAACCGUGCCCGAUUUCCGGAACAUCUGGGAGAACCUGAGUGAAAGCCAGGGCUCCGCUGGGACGGGCACCGAUACGGACAACUCGUCGCUCAUCUGGACGCUGCCGUCGUCGUCGCGCAACUCGGUGUCUUACUCGCCGGACGAUUUCAUCUUCCAGCGAUAAGCCAAGCGGAGGGUGUUUUUUGGGUUAUCAUGAUCGUUAAUGCCCCAGGGUAAGAGGAGAAGGGGGCGAUGUUUUAUACUAUUUGCGCUACACAUCUCAUUAGUUACUUAGGAAACAGUAGUGGACUUAAUGUGUUUUUAUUUUUAGUUACAUAUAUUUAUAUAUUUUUGCUGAUUAUUACUCUAGAUAUAUUUCCUUUACGAUGAAUUAAGGUAAGCAAGGCGAGAGAAUCUAAGGAUUUUUUUUUGUUUGGUUUUGUUUCGAGCGAAAUAAUUGAAAAAAAAAAUCGGAUUUUACCGGUAGACGCUACAAACUUGAGAGAUAAAGGACUACGAAUGCCUAUUUAAAAAAAAAGAGGAUAAAGGCAGACAACAAACUCGUUCUUAAUGUUGAAAAUAGUAGAAGAAAAAAGUAACUCGGAAGAUUAAAGAUUAAAGUGAUUUCCCAUUUUUUUUAAUUACAUAUAACUAUAACCACAAAUAGGAGCAGUGUUAUUAAGAUUUUUCGUUCCGUUUCUUUCAAAUGCCGAAUUUUGCUUACUCCAGCUUUGCAACUUGCGUGCAAGAUUGGCUUCAAGCUUGAUCGCGGAAAAGGCUAUCAUUGUUGGAAAAGUGAAAAUUUCCAUGGUAACCAGUAAACAGAAAAGAGAGAUAGUAAGCCAUUAAAUUGUUCUCUGAAUUAAUCGAAUAGAAAUUACUUUACCCUCGAAAGCGAAAAAUUUGUUUCCCAUUUUGUUACAGCGCGUGUGUUCGCAGAAAAAAAGAAAACUUUAUAGCUAUUAUAUUUACGUGUUUUUGUUUAUAAACUGAAAAGAAGAAGAAAAAAUAAUACUCGAAAAGGUUAAAUUAAUAAAUGAUUCAUCGUUCACCAGCUGAAGAAAAAUGAAACCUAUGAAAUAGAGAUACAAUCAAGUGUGACACACCGGAAGCAAUUCUCUCUAGUUUUGUGCCCCCUUCCAGCUUUUUUUCAAAUUCGAAGCCCAGCUUUUCAUUCUAACAGGUGAGAACGAAAAAUCUCCCUAUUUGUUAAAGUCUUGGGGUAAAACUCAGCCACAAAAUGGUGGCUCCCAGUGCUAAUGUGGAAAUCAAGCAAAUAGUAAGACGAAAAAAAAACGCGAUGAAAAUGUGAAAAAAGUUUAGUGGCGCAAGAGUAAACAAAAAAAGAAAGCGCAAUGCAACGGAAAGUAAUAAAUAUAAAUAAUAAAAAUAUGCAAAAAAAGCAUUGAUAUAAAUAAAAUUAUUUAUAUGAAAGUAUAUAUUAUAUAUUUAUAUGAUUAUAUUUAAUUAUUAUCAAUGGAGUAAAACAGAUGAGAUAUGUGAGAAUAAAAAUUUAAAUGUGAAUUAAACAAAAAAAAGCAAAAUAACAAAACUUGAAGAGACUACGAACCUACUCAGAUGUGAAGAGGAGAUUACUCGGUGAAGAAUCACACACACAGGCACACAGUAAGCAGUAAACAAAAGAUGAAUAGAAGCGAGCAAGAGAUAAGACGAAAAAUUCCUCGACCCUUCCUAUUAUAAACGGAUAUGAUGAUGGCACGGCGGAAAGAAAGAGAGAGAAAUAAAAAUACACAACAGACAGAGUAAGUUCAUUAUUAAUAUAUGUAUCGUAUGAGAUUGAUUUUAUUACUAUGGAUUAGAAGUAUAUUUAAUAACAACUAUUACGAAGGGGGAAAGGGGAGAAGCAUCAUCAGAGCGUCGCGGAAGCCCCCGGGGGGAAGGUACCGCGGGGCAAACAGAAAGUAUAGUAGUUUUUUGACAGUUCGAUUGAAUUUUAGCAUUAUAACCCUCUCUAUUGAUUAUUACCUAGCGCAAGAACAAAACAAAUAUUACUUAUUGAAUAACGGAUUAAUAUAAAUACUAAUUGAGAAAGUAAACAAAAGACCCUUUGAAAACUGAUUGAUUAUAUUUUUGUUAGUGCUUUUGUUUUUACCGUUUAAAAGUUUAAUUUAUUUUUAUAUAGUUUAUUUUUAUCUAAAUAUUUAUAUUGGAAAAGAGCGAAAAAACUCGGUCCCGAUAGACGUUGCGGACACGGAACUCGGAAGUGUAAAACUAAGCAUUAAAAAAUAAUAAAACUAAAUACAACAAAAAACAAAGGAAAACGCAAGCCCAAUAAUUAAUGAAUAUUGAAAAGAAAAGAGUGAAAAUAUUAUAUAGUACACUAGACGGUAAAAUAAUGAUAUUAUGUUACACAUUAAAGAAACAAAUAUUUAAUAAAAAGAGAGAAAAAAGGCAAACUCUUAAGAGAUAAUUAUGAGAGAAAAAAAAUGAAGCAGAAGCAGAUAUCGCGUAGCAUUUGCGCAAGCAAAAACACACAAUAUAGUAUGAAUAUAUUGAAGUAAAGUAUAAACACAACACUAAGAAGGAAAUACAAAAGAGAAAUAAACUGAACAUUAUUUAUUUUUAUACUUCAUUCAAACUGCAUUGGGCGCAAAGUACCACAUUUUUAAACCGGAAAUCAUCUUUCCAUUCCUGUUUUUUGUUUCAUACUCGCACCACUUAACAUCAAACAUCGGUUUUUUUUUGCUCCAAAGCGUUUUCGAAAAAUUCGUUUUUAGCAACGUUGAAUCUCUGCUAAUUUUUCCAUUCCUCCUCACAACGAAAACAGUAAAUCAACUUCUGAUCUAGUAGAACUUUUCCAGCACUUCUCUCUUCCAAAUAUAAAAUUUCCAUACUCUCAUACUUUUUUCCAAAACUCCAAAAAACCUACAAGGGGUGGGACUCCACCCGAGUCCUGUUCGAAAGGGUUAAUGUUAAUCGAAUACACCAUACAUAGAAAGCGCAUUUGCAAGAGUGUUAAUCAACCUCACCAAAGAGCGGAUAAUCUCACCCACACACACACUAUCACACACUCACACGUACGUUUAAGAGCUCAAUUUUAUACUAAAAACAAGAAGAGAAAAACCAUUUAUAUCUCCAAAUCCAAAAGAGAAGUCGAUAGCCAAAAAAAGAGGCGCAUAUAUUUAAAAAAACAUGAGGUGAUCAAUCAACUCUACUAUCUUAGUAAAACUGCAUAAUAGAGAACCGAUUCUCUGACGGAAAGAAAAGGCGGGAUUAUACACCAUUUUAAUAAAAAUUAUCAUUAAACAGAUUAUAAUAAUUAUUACAGAGGAACACACUUAUUCCAAAUUUACCGACUACUCACAGAAUUCACACCCUUUCCGCUUUAAAUAAUAAAACAACAAAACAUACACAUGCACACACAAACACAGCCAGAGACUGCCACGGUCUUCGCCAUCCCCAUAAACCAGUAAUCUGUUGUUGCGAAACUCGACAGUGGAUGACGCCACCAUCGCUAGAGAGCACGCGAACGAGGAAAGUAGAGUAUAAAAUCAAUACAGAAUGAGCACAGAUCUCAGUGUGCGUGGAAGCGAGUGAGCGAGCGAGAAAACAAACGAAACCUCCUCACACCAGAAGUAGCACACACACAACAAUAACAACAACUAUUACAAAAAACACUCACACACACAGAGAGAGGAAGAGAAUUAUUCAACUAUAUGGAAAAUAUUAAACUAAAACUAAAGCAUUUAUAAUAGAUUUAUAUUUGGACACAAAUCAGAUAUGAUAUUAAAUAAAAUAUUUAAACGAAAAUAUACUAUAUUAUUGAGCAAAAAAAAAAAAAAAGAAUUAUUUAAUAAAGGAAGAAGUAAAAACGUGUGGAAACUUUUGAUUCUAACUCGUGUUUUAUCAAAACGCUCCACAUAUGGUUGCGUGCCAUCUGGAAUGAAAGUUCUUCCGCCCUUCCUCUAUCCACCUUCGGUGGAGAAGAUUGAGCGAAUUUAUUCCCGCACUGGUGGAACGAGAACCAUAUGAUGCGAUUGGUAAAUUUGAAGCAGAAAACAUACUCGAAACCGUUUACGUGUUAUUUUUAUAUUGGAGUAAAACAGAGCAAAGAGUAAAGUAAAAUAGAGAAAAUUCAAUUUUUGCGAAAUGUGAAGAAUAAAUAAAGAAAUAAAAAAACCGACUGGCAAUUAAGCAUAAAGAAGUAUAUUGUUGCGAUUAAAGCAAAAAUUCAUAACCUCAUCAUCUAUAUUAUAGUAUUUCAUGUCAUCCCAAGCAUAAGAAGUAAAGGUAAAAAUAAAAACACACUACAACAUACGCGCAUCUAUGACAUCGUCCCAUUCAUUAUGCCCUUUUUAGAGUCAAAUAAACAUGAAAAAUUGAGAGCGAGCGAAAAAAAAGCAGAUAGAUAGAGAGCGUGAGCGAAAACCAAAUAAAAAAAGCAGAUAAAGUAUAUUUAGAUAACAAAAAGCAAAUCGAAAAUUUUUGAAAAAAUAGCAAAAAGCUGCAAAUGAAACGACGAAAAAUGAAAACCAAAAACCUAUGGAAUCCUCUCCAAAACAAAGCGAAAAACGAAAAUCCUACACAUACACAUGUCAAAAUGAGAGUAAACAAUAAAAGUAAACUUGAAAACAGGAGAUUGAAAAGCAAAUAAUUGAAAAAAAAAAAAAAACCAAAACAAAC